AUGACAGAGAAGAAGAAAAAUGUUGAAAUUGUUUAUAUCUAUUAUACCAUAAUACCACAUGAGUAUGAUUUUCUUCAUGAAAAACUCCUAAACCAGAGCUUCUACGGCGGUCAACGGUGCUCCACUUCUCAGGCCAACUGCAAUUCGUAUCAGAUUGCUGGUGGAAUUUGGGCUGACACAGUGGGAGGGAAGCAGGUUUUGGGAUUCGGCAUCAUUUGGUGGUCCGUCGCUACAAUCCUCACUCCUGUUGCUGCUAAACUCGGGUUGCCUUUCCUACUAGUUGCCCGUGCAUUCAUGGGAGUCGGUGAGGGGGUUGCUAUGCCAUCCAUGAAUAAUAUUCUUUCAAAAUGGGUUCCUGUGGCAGAGAGAAGUAGAUCAUUAGCUCUUGUAUACAGUGGCAUGUACCUUGGAUCAGUCACUGGACUCGCCUUUUCACCUUUCCUAAUUCAUCAGUAUGGAUGGCCAUCAGUGUUUUACUCCAUUGGUUCUCUAGGGACUGUUUGGUUUUGUAUAUGGCUUAAUAAGGCUCAUAGUUCUCCACUCGAUGAUCCUGAAAUGUUGCCAGAAGAAAAGAAGUUAAUUGCUACUAACGUGUGCCACUUUUGCCAUAAUUGUGGAACUUUCAUUCUUCUUACAUGGAUGCCAACAUACUAUAACCAAGUGUUGAAGUUCAAUCUUAUAGAAUCAGGACUAUUUUGUGUUUUACCAUGGCUUACGAUGGCAAUUUCUGCAAAUUUUGGUGGUUGGAUUGCAGACACUCUUGUGACCCAAGGUGUAUCUGUUACAACGGUCCGCAAGAUAAUGCAAACAGUUGGGUUUCUAGGUCCUACUUUUUUCUUGACUCAAUUGAGCCACAUUCAUUCUCCUGUAAUGGUUGUUUUGUGUAUGACUUGCAGUCAGGGAACAAAUGCAUUCUCUCAGUCUGGAUUAUAUUCAAACCAUCAAGAUAUAGCCCCUCGAUAUUCUGGGAUACUGCUCGGUCUAUCCAAUACCGCUGGAGUACUUGCUGGUGUGCUUGGAACAGCAGCAACAGGUUACAUUCUACAGCAUGGCUCGUGGGAUGAUGUUUUCAAGGUUACAUUCUAUGUAGUGUCCUCAACAGCAAAACGAGAAGAAGAAAAAUAUUGA